AUGUCCGUCGCAGGUGGCGUCUGUCAGUUGGAAACUAUAAAGGCGGCCAAGGAGAAAUCGCAACAACUCCAGGAAGUUUCAGAUAAAUUGUCUGAUACAGUGGCAUUUUUCUCAAAAGAGUCACUUCAUAUUAAAGAAUAUGAGGCAGAGCUGGAGACACUUAUUCAAGAACGCGCUUUUUACCAGGAACAACUAAGACUUAUUGAAAAGGAUGCCGUUUACGUCGAGCGUGCCAUCCUGGAAGCCAAUAUCGACAAAUUGAAGGCACUUAGACUUGCGAACUCUCUUUUCAAUGAGUACAGCUGCCUUCUGUCCGAAGUCAAUAGCCUGCGCUCCAAUCUUGGACUGAGUAAUUUAGAGGACAAACGUACUCCGGACACCGUUGCUCUGAUCUCACCAAACAUGCCCUCAAAUGCUUCCAGCACAGUUGAAGUGACACCGAAUGCUACCGAUCACCCCUCUGACGGUCCGCCUUUACUAGAA